AUGCCUCUCUUUAUCCUAACAGAAACCAGUGCCGGUUAUGGCCUGUUCAAGGCGGCAGACAAGAAGCUGCUGUCCGACGACAACCUCGCCGACCGUCUCAACAGCGUUGAGAAGAUCACCAAGGAGAUCAAGUACAAGGAGUUCGCCAAGUUCGAGAGCGCCGCCUCUGCCCUUGAGGAAAUCGCCGGUGUUGUUGAGGGCAAGGUCACCCCCAAGCUGAACAGCCUGCUUGCCGAGAUUGGAAGUGAGAAGAAGGUCACCCUCGCCGUUGCUGAGACCAAGCUCGGUGCUGCCAUCAACAAGAUUCCCGGCCUCGACAUCCAGCCCGUUGCCGACUCCACCACCACCGACCUCUUCCGUGCCAUCCGCCAGUAUCUCCCUGAGCUCAUUCCUGGCAUGCUCCCCGAGAACUUCAAGGAGAUGUCCCUCGGUCUCUCUCACUCUCUCUCUCGCCACAAGCUCAAGUUCUCCCCCGAGAAGGUCGAUGUCAUGAUCGUUCACGCCGUCUCGCUCCUCGACGAGCUUGACAAGGAGCUCAACACCUACGCCAUGCGUGUCAAGGAAUGGUACGGCUGGCACUUCCCCGAGUUGGCCAAGAUCCUUCCCGACAACCUUUCUUAUGCUCGCAUCAUUGUCACCAUGGGCAUGCGCUCUAACGCCCCCACCACCGAUUUGUCCGAGAUUCUUCCCCACGAGAUUGAGGCUGCCGUCAAGGCCGCCGCCGAUAUUUCCAUGGGUACUGAGGUUUCCGAGGAGGAUCUCCAAAACAUCAAGUACCUCGCUGAGCGCGUCAUCGACUACUCCGUCUACCGCAAGCAGCUCUCUGACUACCUCGAGAACCGCAUGCGCGCCAUUGCUCCCAACAUGACCGAGCUCGUCGGCGCUCUUGUCGGUGCUCGUCUCAUUGCCCACGCUGGUUCCGUCAUGAACCUUGCCAAGAACCCCGGUUCUACCAUCCAGAUUCUCGGUGCCGAGAAGGCCCUUUUCCGUGCCCUCAAGACCAAGCACGCCACUCCCAAGUAUGGUCUCAUCUACCACGCUUCUCUCGUUGGCCAGGCUUCCGGUGCCAACAAGGGUAAGAUGGCUCGUCAGCUCGCCUCCAAGGUCGCCCUUGGUGUCCGUACUGAUGCUCUUGCCGAGUUCCCCGAGGAUGCCGAUGAUGAGACUCGCGCCAACCUUGGUAUCCGCUCGCGCGCCAAGCUUGAGAACAACCUCCGCCAGCUCGAGGGCAAGCCCAUUUCCAGCAAGGGUGUCUCUGUCGGCCCCAACGGUAUCCCCGUCGCUGCUGCCCCCAAGUGGGACAUCAAGGAGGCUCGCAAGUACAACAUCGAUGCUGACGGCAUGGCCGCUGAUGCUGAGGCUCCCAACAAGCCCCUUAUCCAGGAGGUUGAGAUGAAGGAUGCCCCCGCCGAUUCGGAUGAGGAGAUGAAGGAUGUCUCUGAGAAGAAGUCCAAGAAGGAGAAGAAGGAGAAGAAGGACAAGAAGGCCAAGAAGGAGCUCGACGACGAGGACUUUGAGCGUCUCGCCAAGGCCGCUGGCAUGUCUGCCGACAAGUUCAAGCGCCGCUUCGAGCGUGGCCAGAUCAGCAUCAAGGAGGACGGCACCCUCGAGGUUCUCAGCAAGAAGGACUUCAAGGGCAAGGCCGAGGAGGUCGAGGAGGAGGCUGAGGAGGAGAAGCCCGCCAAGAAGUCCAAGAGCUCCAAGCGCAAGGCUGAGGCCGAGGAUGAGGAGACAACGAAAGAGGAGAAGCCCAAGAAGAAGAAGAAGAAGUCCAGCAAGGAGUGA